AAAAACGAUGUAAAUAAUGGUCUCAAACAAACCACCAAACAGCGAAGGAAACAAACGCAUCGGCAAUCAAAUGGCGAAUCGGCAGCGAUUUAAGCCGGGUAUGAUGAACAAGCAGUACAACCCGAUGCUGAUGAACAAUAUGCGAAACAUGAGCGCAAUGUUUAACGCUAAUCAACUUGGCGACGAUCCCGGCUUCGUCGAUUUCAACGAUGACUCAAUUGCUUCCACUACGAACGGAACAGGUAACAGCAACACAGGUGGCCCAAAUGCCGCAAGUUCGAAUGUAUCGGAUGGGGGAAACAAAACCGCUCCUUUUGCCAAUGGUAAUCGACGUAUGAAUCCACCGAUGAAGCGCCCUAUGAAGAACGGUGGAGCACCACCCGGAGGCAUGAGGAAUCGUAUGAACGGUGGAGGUAUGGCUAACUGGGGUCCUCCGAUGCCACCACCAAAUAUGUUUCCAGGCCCACCUGCACCGGCCGGUCGACGAGGUCCGAUGAAUCCACCACCGAUACCACCGCCCGUUCCACCGGCCCAUUUCCGCAGCGGGCCAGGUAUGCGUAUGAGAGGUCCUCAGAAUGGAAGGUACGGUACAGGAAUGACCGGUCCGAUGUCACUUUUGUCGAUGAACAGACCACUACCUCCACCAAUUCCACCAAUGAACGGACGGCUGAUGCCACCGCCACCCGGCAUGGGACGAAUGAUGCCUCCACCCUUACGCCACGGAUUGGAAGGACCGAUGCGUCGGAACAUGAACGGUGGUAACCUGCACGGGCGUGGAAUGGGUGGCAAGAUGGGUGGUCCAUUUGCACGGAACGGAAUGGCUGGAAGUGGUGGAACGGUAGGAUUGAACGGAAAGCGUACGCGUGCCAAACCGGCCCAACUACAGAACAGGGAAGAAUACCCGCUGGACAAACCGUGGGUCACGGCAGACAUUAAAGCGGAGCACGAUAAGAAAGCUGAUCUCGCGAACCGUCUGAAGGGACACCGAGAUGAUGCACUUUUUGCGCAGUUUAAGGAACAGCGGGAUAAGUUCGUUAAAAUGUAUGAAGCCGCUCGCCUGGAGUAUAUUGGAAAGCAUCCGGAACAGGACGUAGAAAAAAUAUUAACAGCGCCGGCUUGUAAAAAGGCCCGUCUCGAAAAUGUAGACAAAACUAACGCUGCCGCAGAUAAUACCACUUCAAAAACGGAAGAAACCACUAGCAGCAGUGGAGAGGUUGUUGUAACUACUACCGAUCCUUGUAAUGACUCUACGAAGAGUGACACAAACGGUUGUGCCACUGCUUCUUCAUCUCCUUCUACUACCGCUACUACUACUACUACUACUAUUACUACUACUAUUGAUACCAAUGAUAGCACUGAAACCACAACCACUUCGCCCAAGGACGAACAAUCGUCACCUGAUACCGAAUUAAGUCCUACGGUGGUGGAUGCCGCUACAGUCGAAUGCACCGUUCCCGUUUAG